AUGGCGCGCACCACAUCGAGAAGGGCCGCUUCUGGCAGCCGUGCCGUCCAACCCACGCAGUCCGUCGGCGCGUCCAAAGACGUGAACGACUCGGAUGGCUCCUUGACGGACCUCUCUUCUGAGGGCGAGGAGAGCGACGCAGGUAAAGAAGAAGAGUCCGAUUCUGACGAGGAAAUGGACGAGGACGACGAUGAGAACGACGCCGACUUUGGCUCCAGUCGCAAGAAGAAGACGACGCCACGGCGUUCGGCUGCAAGAGCAACCAAGGCUAGAUCGGCAAACACCACACCCCGCGUUCGAAAGACAGCCGGCGGUGGCAGCAGGAAUGGCACCAACAAGACGCCACGCUCCACCAACAAGCGCUCUGGACCAUCCCGAACCCGAGCUGGUAUCACGACCUCUACUCCUUCCGCUGCUCGCUCUCGCACCGCUGCCAGCAGAGACGAGCUCCCCAUCAACGCGGACAACGACAUCUUUAAUGCGGUCAAAGACGCCAACUCAGCACUGCAGUCAAAUGCCGAGGAUUGGGUGGUGGCCUUCUCGGACCACCAAGGCCGCGCUAUGGCCGAACUUGUCAACUUUGUCAUCCGUGCCUGCGGCUGCAACGGCAGUGUCGACGAAAACCAAGUCAUCGACAUUGACAAUGUAGUCGACAACCUUGAAGAGCUGCAAGAGGUAUUUAAGAAGCAGCCCAUACCAUCGUAUCCCAUCGUCUCAAGGAGCAAGACCUUCAAGUCGUUCCGCAAAUCGCUCAAUGAGUUUCUCCACCGCUUGGUCAUGAGCGCAUACGACGCUGAGGUCUUGACCUCGGAUGGCUUCAUGGAGCCCUUCCAAGCCUGGGUCUCGGCCAUGUCCUCCUCCUCUCUGCGUUCCUUCCGCCACACAGCCACCGUCGUUGCGCUUUGGACCAUUUCGGCGCUCAACGAAGUUAAUGCACAGGCCACCAAGGACCUCUCCACCGCAACCAAGCAACGCGACGCCGAAAAGAAAAAGGCUCGCGCUGACAAGAGCCGCCUAAAGGACCUCGAGUCCAAGGUGCUUGAAUCGCGAAAGCUUCGAUCGCAACUCGAGGGAUACGUCAACGAGUUUAUCAAUUCGGUCUUUGUCCAUCGCUUCCGUGACUUCGACGCCGGCAUCCGAUCCGAGUGUGUCGAGGCGCUUGGGUCAUGGAUGAAAAAGUACCCCACACAAUACCUGCAGAGCUCCUACUUCCGCUACAUUGGCUGGGUGCUGUCCGAUGGCAACGCAAACGUCCGCUUGGCCGCCGUGCACGCCAUGACCGGCCUCUAUACCCGCGACAACUUUGUCAGCUCCAUCCGCAACUUUACCGAGAUUUUUAAGGGCCGUCUUGUGCAGAUGGCCACGAGCGAUGUAGAGCUCGGUGUUCGUAUCGCCGCCAUCAAUGUGCUCGUCAUGAUCGACAAGCACGACCUCCUUGAAGACGAACAGCGCGAUCUGCUGGCUACGCACAUUUUUGACGUCGAGCCGCGCAUCCGCAACGCUGUAGCCAGCUUCCUUGCUAAUAUCCUCGACGAGAAGGUCAGCGAAGGCACCAGCGCCCUCGGAAGCCUUUCCGCCGCUUCCAAGAAGAAGGGAAAACAGGCAGAGGAGCUGCAACAGGAGCAGGCAAAGCUCCGCUUCAAAUGUCUUGCAGAGCUUCUUGUCAGGUACGGCCACCGUCUUGAUACACAAGACUCGGACGCGUCGGCUAAUGGCACAGAGCGCGGGCUCUCUGACGAGCUCUCUGCCGUCAUCGACGGCGCCAAGGAGGGCCGGGUGGGAAUGGCGGUCGAGGCUCUGUGGGAUGCAGUCGAGGAGCUACAGCACUGGAAGCCGCUCAUCGAUCUGCUGUUGCUCGACCACUCUGCCCAAAAGGCUGGUGGCCAGCGCAAAGGCAGCGCAGCUGCCGAGAACGCUGCGCCCGCUGUCUACCGCCUCGAGACAGAGGAAGAAGCUACUUUGGUUGAAGCGCUCGUGGCCAUCCUGGGAAAGACGUACGCUGGCGCCGAGCUCGUCGACGAUCCCGAGGACAACACCAAGGAAGACGUGUCCCGGGCCAUGAUUUCGGCUCUGCCCAAGCUGCUGGCCAAGUACCGCACAGACGCGCCCCGCAUCGCAGACCUGUUGCUUUUGCCGCAAGUCAUGGAUCUUGAAGUUUACACUGAGCUUCAAGAGUCGGCCGCAUUCGAGGCGCUCUGGGACGACGUCUCCAACCAGAUCCAGCGUCACGUCGAGCCACUUGUGCUCAAGCAUGGCGUUCGGACGCUGCAAAGGAUGCUGGCAACGACGUCCCAAUCCACCGUCAACAACACCAAGCUGUCUGCGCUCGAAGAAGGGCUCGUCUCUUCGCUGCGAGAGACGGUCAGCGACCGAGACGUCGAGACGGCCGGCUUCAGCGAGGAUGAGGUGCACUUGCUCGCCGCCAACAUGCUUCGUCUGCACCUUGUGAGCCAGGUGGCCAACACCAGCGAUGCUCUCGAGGAUGAUGAAAAUGGACAGGCGACCAGCGGGUGGGAGAUCGUGCUUGGCAUUGCGGGUCGCGGCCGCUUGGCGUACAACGAGGAAGAGAGCCUGGUGCGCGAUGCAGCGGCGGUGCUGACACUGCAUAUCAUGUGGAAAACGCGGCAGGUGAUCAUGCCCGAGUCAAGCUCGCAGGCAGCAGUGGCAGAGGCUCUGCUGGCCAAGCGCAGUACGGUGCUGAGCCUGUUGGAAGAGUUUGUCGCCAGCACGCAGUCGCAAGCAUGUGUGGGCGUCCAACGUGUGGCCUUUGAGAAGCUGGCCACCAUCCAUAUGCUCUAUGCGGCCAUCCCGCAGCAGACUCCGAUUGCUGCUGUUUCUGCUGCUGUGGCAACGGGCGACGACUUUUCCGGAACAGCGGCCGAGGGAGACGUCUUGCAGCAUCGCUCUGGACCUCACCUUCCGGCCUUAUUGGCACUCACUUGCAGUGCUGACGUUCAGCAGCAUUGCACCUCGUUUGUUCAAGGCGAGAUUGAGCGCUACAUUGAAAAGGCCGGCGUGCUUGGUAAGGAGGCGAACAGCGCCGGUGCUGAUGCUUCCGACGAGGAUGGGAAUGACGGCGCGGACGACGACGGAAACGAAGACGAAGAUGAGGACAACGAGGACGAAGAAGAUGAUAUCGAGGCGACACCCAAGGCCAAUGGCACUCGAGCGUCCUAA